AACAAAAACAUUACAAUCUCAACCAAAUACAUGGCAAUUUCCUUCCAAGACUGUAAGCCUAUGAGGCCCUGAGUCAACAAGGUCAAAGUGAUUUCCAAAAAGCUAUAAAACCAGAUCAUGACCAAUUUUUUAUAACUAUAUAGCAGCAUCAGUUACAAUUUUCUAUACUAUUCAUUUCCCAUUACAGCCCCAAACAAAAAAAACAAAAAAAAAAAAGAACCCUUAUUUGCAACCUUGUUUGGCAACCAUGAAGCACAGCAGCACUUUCAUUAAUGGAAAGUGUCUCUUUAUAUUUCUGUGUGGAAUUCUGUUUCUUUCCAAAAUCAGUUUCUCCAUUGGUGAUCUUGAUGUAACAUGCAUAGAUGCUGAGAGGAAAGCGCUUGUCAAGUUCAAACAAGGCCUAGAAGAUCCUGCAGGCAGGCUUUCAUCGUGGGUGGGAGAUGAUUGUUGUAGAUGGGAAGGAGUAAGCUGCAACAACAGAACAGGACGUGUGGUCAAGCUCAAUCUUCGCAACCUCUAUUCAGACAGUUUGGAUGGUGAUGGAACGGUGCAAAUUUUGAGUGGUAAGAUUGAUCCAUCUUUGAUUGUUUUAAAAGAUCUAAAUUACUUGGACUUGAGCAUGAAUGAUUUUGGAGGUUCCCAAAUUCCCACUUUCAUUGGAUCAUUACAGAGUUUGAGAUAUCUUAAUCUUUCUGGUGCAUCUUUUGGUGGAACUAUUCCACCAAGUCUUGGAAACCUAUCAAGAUUGGUAUAUCUUGAUCUCAAUAAAGAUGAUCAGUUUGAAUCAACUAAAAGUAGCCUCCAGUGGCUUUCUAGUCUUUCUUCUUUAAAAUACCUUCAUUUAGGAGGUUGGGACUUGUCCCUGUCUGCAACAGAUUGGCUCCAAACAGUUAACAGACUUCCAUCACUCCUGGAAUUGCACUUAACCUUUUGUCAACUUUCCAACCUUCCUUUCACCCUUCCUUCUCUUAAUUUCACCUCUCUUAUGGUGCUUGAUCUCUCAAACAAUGGAUUCAACUCCACUAUACCAGACUGGUUGUUCAAUCUCGAAAGCCUUGUUUACCUGGACCUUAACUCGAACAACUUAUAUGGGCCACUUCCAGAUAAAAUUGCUAAUUUGGCUUCUCUUGAAAAGCUUGAUUUUUCUCUGAAUAGCAUUGAGGGUCAGUUGUCAAAAAACUUGGGAAAGUUAUGCAAUUUGCAGAGUCUGAAGCUUUCACAAAAUAGAAUUACAGGUGAAAUAACUGAUGUUUUGGACAGUUUAUCAAGAUGCUCCAGAAGCAGCUUAGAGACAUUAAAUUUGGGGUACAAUGAGCUGACAGGAAAUCUACCAAACUCUUUAGGAUAUCUAAAGAGUUUAAGGUACCUUCAAAUGCCAAACAACUUAUUUCAAGGCUCACUCCCAGACUCAAUUGGAAACUUGACAUCUUUGGAACAAAUUUCACUAUCCUAUAAUAAACUCAGUGGUAUCACAAAAAGUCUUGGACAGCUCUCAAAGCUGACAGUGUUAGACAUCUCAGAGAACAUAUGGGAAGGUGUCAUAACCGAAACUCAUCUCACUAAUCUUUCAAGCUUGAAGGAGUUGACAAUGGACAAAGCAUCCCCAAAUAUUUCUUUGGUCUUCAACAUUAGCUCUGAUUGGAUACCUCCUUUUAAACUCACCUACCUCCUCAUCAGAUCAUGCCAACUAGGUCCCAAAUUUCCUACAUGGCUUAAGAAUCAAAGUGAUCUGAACUUUGUGGUACUCAACAAUGCUAUGAUUUCAGACACCAUACCAACCUGGUUUUUGAAUUUGGAUUUGCAGCUCAAUAAACUCGACAUAGCUUAUAAUCAACUAAGUGGCAGGGUGCCAAACUCAUUCAGAUUCAACAACGAUUGCACUGUCGACUUGAGUACAAACAGAUAUCAGGGUCCUCUUCCACUUUGGUCAUCAAACAUUACCAUGUUGUAUCUAAGGGACAAUAAGUUUUCCGGGCCAAUUCCUCCUAAUAUUGGUGAAGUUAUGCCAUUGCUAACAGAUUUAGAUAUCUCUCAAAACUCUUUGAGUGGAAGCAUUCCCUUGUCCAUUGGAAAUCUAACUGGAUUGACAACCUUGGUUAUCUCCAACAAUGAAUUAUCUGGUCAGAUUCCUCAUUUCUGGGAAGAUAAACAAUUCUUGUACAUUGUGGACAUGUCAAACAACAGUCUUUCAGGAACAAUCCCAACAACAAUGGGUUCUCUAAGUUUUCUUGAGUUUUUGAUUCUCUCAAACAACAAACUUUCAGGUGAAGUUCCUUCAUCUUUGAAAAAUUGCACUAAUAUGGUUAGUUUGGAUCUUGGAGAUAACAGAUUUACAGGAAAGCUUCCAGCUUGGAUAGGAGAAAGUAUGCACAACUUGUUGAUCUUGCGCUUGCGGUCCAACUCCUUCAGUGGGAACAUUCCUCGUCAAUUUUGUGGGCUUUCCAAACUUCACAUAAUGGACCUGUCCCACAAUCAUCUCACUGGUCAUAUUCCACAUUGCAUUAGCAAUCUCAGCGGCUUGAAAUCUGAAGGCAUAGAAGAAAUUACAUACCAAGGAAAAUUGAAGGUGGUGGCAAAAGGAAGGGUCCUAUUAUAUUAUUCCACCUUAUACCUCUUUAAUAGUUUUGACCUCUCUAACAACAAUUUAUCAGGAGCUAUACCAUUGGAACUAACAGAUCUCAUAAAACUUGGUACUUUGAAUUUGUCAAUGAAUCAUUUGACAGGUCAAAUCCCAUCAAGCAUUGGGAAUUUGGAGUGGAUUGAAACUCUUGAUAUCUCCAUGAACCAAAUCUCUGGUACAAUCCCACUUUCAAUGACUUCUUUAACAUUUCUGAACCAUCUUAAUCUCUCAUACAAUAACUUGUCUGGAAAAAUCCCAACCACCAAUCAGUUUCUGACCCUUGAUGAUCCAUCAAUCUACCAAGGAAAUGCUGGUCUCUGUGGAAAACCUCUGUUGACAGAAUGUCCUGGCAGUGGCCAAACCACAUCAGGAGAUAAUGAAGAAGACAGACAUGGAGAUGGAGAUGGAGAUGGUGGAAAUAAAUUUGAGAAACUGGGGUUCAUCAUCAGCAUUGUGUUUGGAUUUUUUGUGGGAUUUUGGGGAGUCUGUGGGACUUUGAUUAUCAAGAGGUCUUGGAGGAUAGCAUAUUUUGAGUUUGUUGACAGAGUGAAGGAUAUCUGCUCGUCAAUGAUUCGCAGAAUGUUUGUCCCAAAGAAACAACCUUGGAUGCUGUGAAAAGAUUACAAUGUUUCAAAAUAGUUUCUUUUUGUCUCUGUUUCAGUUAUUUCCAUAGUGAAAUAAAUUCUGUGUGUUAUACUAUAUAAAUAUUUGAUUUCCUUUCUUUUUAUUUAAUUAAAAAUACUAAGAAAAGUAUAUUCCCAGAAAAGUAUAUUCCCAGAAAACUAUAUUUUGAUAUUAUGUCCCAAAAUAUAAGAUGAGUAAAUAUAUCUUGUUGAUUUCGAUGGGUUUGUA